CUCCCCCGUCAUCUCCUGGUUGUGUCGCCAAACAAACAUCCGCUCCCUCCCAACAAUGAUAGUCCACACUGUAAUCUAUGCUUUCCGCGGCAGUGCGAAGUGUUGGCGACACCGGGCUGUGCUGAAAGCUGCUCUGGGGGCGUCGGGCUUCGGCAGGUGCCGCUGGUUGUCCUCGCCACCGAGUAGAAGCGUUACGAGCAUGGAGGACAUACUCGCCAGGGUAGUUUCGCCUUUGCCCACGUACGAAACGAGAGAGAAAUCCCCCCCGCCUCCCGAAUCCAGCAGCUUGGAGUUCAUGCACUUCUACAGAAGCCUGGAGUGGGAUGACAAACUCGAUGUCUUGGCAAAGCUGUCGCGGGAUUUCGGAGUGGAUCACAAGAGCGUGUCGGAGUUCGCCGGGAAGUUGCUGGACACUCAACUCCGGGACUUGGCGACCGUCAUGCAGGCGGAGGAUCGGCUUCGCUACAGUUUGACUCCCCGCUAUAAACAGUUGCUGAACCACAUCAGCAGGGUGGAAGGAGGUGUGAAGUUUCUGGUGGACCUCAGAGCCGACGUGCUCGCCAUCAUCGCAUUGAAAAGUAGCGAGAGCCCGCACCUCAGGGACCUGAAUGGUACGCUGAAGAGCAUGCUGUCGGAGUGGUUCUCUGUUGGCUUGCUCCGACUAGAGCGGAUCACCUGGAAAUCACCCUGUGAGAUCCUACAAAAGAUCAGCCAGUACGAGGCGGUGCACCCUGUAAGGAACUGGGCUGACCUGAAGCGAAGAGUGGGGCCUUACCGCCGCUGUUACGCCUUCACCCACGCUGCCAUGCCUGGGGAGCCUCUUGUCGUGCUACACGUGGCCCUCACAGAAGACAUCUCUGAUAACAUACAGAGUAUUGUUCGGGAGUUUUCAUCCCUUGAACUGGAGGAGGAUGUGAAUAAGAUAAACGCAGCCAUCUUCUACUCCAUCUCCUCCACACAGGCUGGUUUACAAGGUGUGGAGCUGGGCAACUACCUGAUUAAGAGGGUGGUACGGGAACUCCAGAGCGAGUUCCCCCACAUGGCGCAGUUCUCGAGCCUCUCACCCAUCCCAGGUUUCUCCUCGUGGCUCCAAGGCCUCCUCAGCCAAUACAGGAAGGAAGGCCGCGGCUUGGACCUCCUAUCCGAGCAGGAGUGGCGUGAAGUGGAGCAAGCCACUGGCAUCGGCACCAUGGAUACCCUUCGCAAGCUGAUCGCCACCAGCGAAUGGAUGCGCUCAGAACGUCUCUCCCGUGUCCUGGAGCCUGUCCUAAUGCGGCUCUGCGCCUGGUAUCUCUACGGCGAGAAAAGGCGGGGCUACGCGCUGAACCCGGUGGCCAAUUUCCACUUGCAAAAUGGCGCCACCAUGUGGAGGAUCAACUGGCAUGCUGACACGAGCCCAAAAGGCGUGGCUAACUCUUGUGGCAUUAUGGUGAACUACCGCUACUUCUUGAACGAGACCUCCAAAAACAGUGCCCUCUACCUGCAGAAUAAGGUCAUCACGGCGUCAGAUCAAGUCGUGGGAUUGGUGUCCCAGUUUCAGAAGAACAGCAAACUAUGAGAAACUGACAAAUAUAAGAUACAUCUCCAAGGCCAAGUUGUUAAAAAAAAGAAGCAAAUAUACAUUCCAUGUGUUUCAAAUUCUAACUUUAAAUUUCAACUUUUAAACGUUAAAGGGGAACAUUAUCACAAUUUCAGAAUUGUUAAAACCAUUAAAAAUCAGUUCCCAGUGGCUUAUUAUAAUUUUCGAAGUUUUUUUCAAAAUUUUACCCAUCACGCAAUAUCCCUAAAAAAAGCUUCAAAGUGCCUGAUUUUAACCACCCGUCCAUUUUCCUGUGACGUCACAUAGUGAAGCCAACACAAACAAACAUGGCGGAAAGAACAGCAAGCUAUAGCGACAUUAGCUCGGAUUCAGACUCGGAUUUCAGCGGCUUAAGCGAUUCAACAGAUUACAAAUGUAUUGAAACGGAUGGUUGUAGUGUGGAGGCAGGUAGCGAAAACGAAAUUGAAGAAGAAACUGAAGCUAUUGAGCCAUAUCGGUUUGAACCGUAUGCAAGCGAAACCGACGAAAACGACACGACAGCCAGCGACACGGGAGAAAGCGAAGACGAAUUCGGCGAUCGCCUUCUAACCAACGAUUGGUAUGUGUUUGUUUGGCAUUAAAGGAAACUAACAACUAUGAACUAGGUUUACA